AGUAUUUUCUAUUGAUGCAUGAUGGCUGCAGCUUGAAAAUGAAAAAUCAGAAAAUGCUGCAUAAUAAUAAAUACGACUGUUCUGCAUGUACGUUCAAACAGUUUUGUCUUUUCACUGAAUGAAUGUGCAGAUUCGGAAAGUACAUAUAAUAGUAUGUUAAUUAAACUACAGGAGGUGAAAAAAAUAAGCGUAUAUGAAUCAGUAUCAGCCCAAAUGAGUUGAGCAAAACUCCAACAUCACUUGUAUUUUCUGCUCAGAUGAAUCUUCCUCUUUUCUUCCAGGUGCAGUUUGCUGAUUGUGCAGUCAUGUCCCUCAUCAACUCCACCGAGCUACAGUCGCUGCUGCUCUCCUUCCUGCAGCAAUGCCUCAACACCUCGAGCACGCAGCAUCACAACUACGCUUCCCAGCAGGCCGUGCAGCACCCGGCCGGAGCUCUCGCUCAGUCUCAGGGCAUCAUGUACAUCCUCCUAGUGGUCGGCCUGUUCAGCUUCUUCACCUUCGGCAUCAUGUUUAGCUACAUUCGCUCCAAGAAGCUGGAGAGCUCUCAGGAUCCGUACCACCAGUACAUCGCCCACGACUGGACCGCCGUCACCGCUCCGUCCAGGGCCGUAGCUCAGGCUCUGCGCAGGGAGGCCACCGCCGCCGCCAACAAGGAGCCCGUCGUCAUCUGCAAUCCUGCAACACAAGAGCAACUGCCAGACUAGAAGCAGACGUUCAGAACAUUCUCCACAUUCAUAGUUUCCUUUAAUUAACUUUUAAUGUCACACAGCGACCAAAAGUUACAGGGUUUGUAUUUUCAAAUCAGUAAUUUCACAGAAACAACUUCCAGCACUUCCUCACACUUUGAUUUCUUGGUGCUUUUCUAUGAGACAAGUUCAACACACCCAGGACAUCUUUUUGUUAUCCAGCCUCACGUAACCGCACAAACCGCAGCAACAAGUGUGUAAAAGCUGCUUGGAUGUUGGUUUCUUAUUCUAGCUUUAGUAUGUUGUUAUGUCUUAGAACUUGUAAAACAAAAUCACACACAAAAUAUUUAAUCCUUUGAACUCCAAGUAGCAGCUUCUGAUUUUUUUUUCUUUUUCUUGUGCUCCUGUCACAUUUUUCCUCACUGUGGACUCAUUUUUAAC